AAUCAUCUCCAGCCAUAUCUCUCUCAGAGUUUCAUUUCUUCUCUCAUAUUCACCAAGAUAACAAAAAAAUGGCCGCUAUUUCUUUCCAUGCUCGCUCCAACAGUUUCCCUACAGCAUCACACCCUCUAGUCUCAGAAAUCGACGAGCAGGUUUGCAGGUUGAGACAAUCUCAAACUGCUUCCACAUCAUCAUCAUCAUCAUCCAUAGGCCACAACCUUAAUGGCCUUCAGGUUGUGUAUGAUUGUGUUGAACAGUUGUUCCAACUGCCAACAACCCAACAAGCCUUGAUCAAUGACAAGAACUGCUUCAAUGAGCUGUUGGAUGGAUCUUUGAGGCUUUUGGACUUGUGCAAUGCUGCCAAAGAUGCCUUGUCGCAAAUGAAAGAGUCGGUUGCUGAGCUUCAAUCUGCCAUUCGUAGAAGGCAAGGAGGUUUGGAAGGUGAAACCAGAAGAUACCUCAAGUCUAGGAAGGCUGUGAUCAAAGCAAUCCAGAAGGUCUUGAAGGGCACGGAUAGCAGGAAAUCCACUUCAUCAAACAACGUUGAGACCGUCUCCACAUUGAAGGAAGCUGAAUCUGCUGUUGUUGAGGUUUUGGAGUGCUUGCUCUCGUUCAUUUCUCAAACAAGCUCAAAACCAAGCAGCUGGUCAUUUGUUUCCAAGCUGAAAAAGGUUUCUGCAGCAUGCGAGAAUGAAUUUGCCGAUAUGGACGCCUCUUUGAAGACAAAUAAAUCUGGUGAAGAGGUUCAAACUCAUCUGAAGAAUCUGCAGCCAUGCAUUCAAGAUCUUGAGGAAGGAGUUGAGAGUCUCUUCAGGCUUUUGAUCAAAACAAGAGCCUCCAUUCUCAAUAUCCACAAUCUGUAGUUACAUCAUCAAAACAAUACUUGUACAAGUUGUAUAGAAAAUUUUGACACUCAAAUCCAUAAAUAUACAUGGUCUCCAAGUUCCUGCAAAAUUAUGUCUCUUUCUAACUGUCCAAUUUAAUUACCUUUUGCAUACUCCAGAAAGAUUACAGUAAAAACAGCUGCUGGGAUAAUUUCAGAUUGCUAAGGUAAAUAAGAGCUGAUGAAAAUUAAACAGUCAUAAUCACAUGCACUAAUGAAACCAUGCACGUUGA